AAUUGGUAUUACCUGAUGACUUGAAGGAUUUAAGUGAUAAUACUAGUUCGACUCCAGCGAAAAAAGUGCCAGCAAGAAGAACCCGAAGAACUAUCAAAAAUGUUCAGCAAGAGGAAAAUUUAGCAUCGACUCCAGCGAAAAAAGCGCUAGCAAGAAGAACCCGAAGAACCAUCCAAAAUCAAGAGGAAGAUUCAGCAUCAACUCCAGUGAAAAGGGCAUUAGAAAGUACAAGAACCCAAAAAACAAACCAAAGGCAAAAUAUCCAACAAGAGGAGAAUAUAGGAACGAAUCGAAAAAUAAGUCCAGCUUUUGCGCAAGAAUUAUUAAAAGGUUUUUCAUCAAGUGACGAUGAUAAUAAUGAUUUCGAUGCUUUAGGUUUAUCAUCUCCUGCGAAAGAACAAUGGAAGAAAUCUGAGCCAUAUGAUUUAUUGGAUAAUGAACCUACUACAGUUCAAGAUUGUAAUAUCAUAAAAUCAUUACCAAACUCUUUUACAUUGUUAACUAAUAAUAAAAAUAAUCAUAUACAGGCUACUAUACCUAAUAUUUUACAAAAAAUAGCGUCUCGAAAGACAAAUGAAGAAAUACAACAUAAAGCUGAAGAUAUUGAAAUCAAUUUAAAUUUACAACAAAAGCGACCAACACAAUUUCAAAAUAUGUCUAAUGAUUUCAAAAUUGCUCAUUGGACAACUUUAACAUCCUUAUCAAGGCAACAAAUUUCCAUCGAAAAUGUAUUAUCGCCACCAGAAAUUGAACAGGAACUGGUCAUACAAGUAUACAAAAUCGCUAAAACUGAUUAUAGAUUAAAUUCAUUAACUAAAGAUGUUGCUGGCUGGUUCAACACAUAUCGCUAUAAGUUUCACAUUUCCAUUGUGAAAUUUGCAAACGAAUUUAAAAUAGCAUAUGAACAAGAACCAUAUGACGAAUUAAAUGAAUUUAUUACUGAAGAUGUAUGGAGACAA